AUGGAUAUUGUUUGGAGUAUUGCUAAUGUAUAAUGUCAGUAUCUUAUAAUGUAUUGUUAAAACAUAAUAUGGAUAUAUUACAAGUUAGUAUUAUUGGCUAUGAGAUCAAAUUUUGUUGGAAAUUAAUAUGAAUAUUAUACAGAGUAUUAAUAACAUGUGAUAUGAAUAUUACAAUAAACUAAAGUAUUAUUUACAUAUGUUGAAAAAUAUUGGAUAUGAGACGAAGUAUUAUGAAUAAAUUGAUAUGGAUAUAGAUUAUUGGAAUAUUAUACGGAUAUGUUAUAAUUUAAUUGAUGUAUAGUUUAAUAGUUCAUGAACUAUUAUGUACUAAUAUGAUCUAUUUCUUCAUGUGGAACACAAUGAACAGUCUUUAUAAUUUUAUCUGACUUAUCUUAAUUAUCAUUCAUCUAAGCUGCAUCAAUUUUGACCCGUGUUGCGUGAUGGUCAUAGAGUAAAUCAUCUUAAAUUGCGUCUAAUAGUGUAACAUAUAGUGUAUGACAUGUAUGACAUGUAUAUAUUACAUAUGUAGAUUACAUGCAAUAAAUAUGUCAAAAAAAUUAUGUAUAAAUUGUCAAUGUGAGUAAAAAUCAAGUAAUAGUUUUUAUUAGAUUCAGUUUGCAAAUAAAUUAUAUACAUUUAUAAAAAGAAGAAAAACUGUAUAUUUGUUUUGAAAUAUGUAUUGUUCUCAAAUUAGCUAUUGUUAAAUUAAUUAUUAAUUACUAAAUAAUUUGUCAAAAAAUCCGAUAGUCAAAUGUGAUACGGUAUCUAACAGAACACGUUUACUAUCUUUUGCAUUGCGCUUCAUAAAUAACGCACUGUUAUAUGAUAUCAUACGUGAUAUACAGUGUUGAUACCAUGUAAAUGCACCCCUAUAAUCAAUGUUGAAUAAAUUUUAUUUAAGAAAUAUUGUAAAACAGUACCAACCCAAUUUAAGAAAUCGCAUUUAUUUACCGCAUAUUAUAAAACGCUCAAUGUGUGGACAGUAAAUUGUGUUAAUAACUGUAUAUUAUAUAUAAUAACUACAUUACAUUUGCAUAUGUAAUAUACACAUUAAUCUUCCGCAUUUUUAACCUCAAAAAGACUUGCAGAUUAAUCUUCAUGCAUAUGAAGUUUUUCUUCUUUGGAAAAUGAAACGAACUGUGUCAAGUCAUUCUCAUCGAGAUGAAAGAUCGAGAACAUCACGCAGUGGAGAUUAUGAAACUGGUCUACGUUCAAAAACGGAAGAAGAACGAUUACGGCGUAGGCGCGAAUGGAUGAUAGAACAAGAAAAACUACGGGAACAUGAAAAAUUGAAGGCGAAGAUGAUUUUAGAGUAUGAAAUACGUCGUGCUCGUGAAAAAGGUUUACCACUACCGAAAGGAAGAUUCUCACAUCACAGUCGUAGUAAAAGUAAAAGCAAAUCUCCGGAAAAUCGACAUAGAACUGCCACAUCAAGUACAUCUAAAACAGCCAUAUUAUCUAAAAAAUUAGAACCAUCAGAUGGUACAACACCUUUAUUUAAGGGACCAGAAGGCACACAAGUUAGUAUUGUGGAAUUACGAAGUAUCAAAGUAGAUAUUCACAGAAAUGUGCCAGGCAAAGCAACAGCUGAUGAACUUCAACGAGCUAUUGUCAAUCCUGAAGAUGUCCAGGUCAUGAGAAGAGAGGGAGAAGGAUCCAAACCUAUAUUUGAAAGAGAAGAAAUAAAAAAUGCAGCAGUCAAGACAGAAGAAAUUGUCGAACAUCGUACAGUUGUUGCUAUAAAUAAUGAAAACUUAGAGAAAGAGAUCGUAGUAGAGGUAGAAGUCGAGAAUACAAAGAAAAAGACAGACGACAUGGUCAGUUACAUACUACAAGAGAAGGUCGAGAAAGAAAAGGUCAUCGAGAUCAUUCACGUUCAAGAGAGCGAGAACAACGAACAUGGAGUAGAGACUCUCAUCACAAGUUUAAAGAUGAAAGAUCUCAUCGAGAAUAUCGAGAAAGAUCAAGAGAACGAUCUCGAGAAAGAAGUGAAAGAGAUAGGUCUAGAGAACACAGAGUACCGUCAUCGCAUUAUAUUGAGCAAAUUCCCGUUCCAGUGUACUAUGGAGAUUUUCCUGCAAGACCAAUAAUGGUUGGGCCUUUAGUUCCAAUUCGAGGGCAGGUACCUUUAGGAACUAGACAUAUGAUGGGUCCAUUAAGACCAUUUCCACCACGAUUUAUUCCACCAGAUAUGUAUAGAUUACGUCCACCUCCAAAUCCUAGAUUUGGGCCAAUGUACUAAUGAAAGAUUUGCGCUAAAUGGAAUAUUAAUGAUGUUUUAUGUAGUAGUUUUGUGUAGUAGUUUUAUUGUGUUGUAUGCUGUAUCAAAUAUUUAGUGAUCUUUUACAAGAAUUCAAAUAUAUAGUGAAGUAGAUCCAAUCUAUGAUAAUGACUACGAUUUUACGAGAUAUACAAAUGUUUUAUAGUUUUUUAAUUAUCAUGUUAUAUCAUAAGAAUUUUUUAAGAUUAUGAUAAAUUCGUUGACAUGCUCUAAUGUUAACGUUGAAGCAAACAUAGUCGCAAUUUUAUUUUAAGAAUCAUUGAUUUCUUAAGCAUUAAUAACUAUGUGACUUAAAAGUUUUAAAGCGUAUUUAAUCUUUUAAUAUAGUUUCUGAAAUUAUUAUUAAAAUAUCUUAAGAUUGAUGUAUUUGAUUAUAAAAUUUGUUCAUACUUUUUAAAUUGUAAUAAUUUGUAAGAAUUUUAUUACAACUGAUAAUGAUUUAUGAGUCAGUUAAAAUAUCUUAAGAUUGAUGUAUUUAAUUAUAAAAUUCGUUCAUACUUUUUAAAUUGUAAUAAUUUGUAAGAAUUUUAUUACAACUGAUAUGAUUUAUGAGUCA